UUCUGGAUUUUACAGAGGGGCCUUAUAAGCUCCAAAAGAAAAAAAAAAAAAAAAAGAAAGUCCAAAACCUUUCCUUCUUCGCUGACUUGCUUCAAUCCAAAAUAAUAGUAAUUAAAAAAAAGAAGUCGAAAGAAGAAGAGCGGAAAUAAUGGAGCCAGAGAAGGCAUUGGAGGCAGUGAAGAGCGGAGCAACACUUCUCCUUUUAGACGUUCCUCAAUACACUCUUAUUGGUAUGGACACUCAGGCGUUCUACGUGGGGCCCGCUUUUAAAGGAAUUAAAAUGAUUCCUCCGGGCGUUCAUUUCGUCUUUUACAGCUCUUCUACAAGAGAUGGCAAAGAGUUCUCACCAAUUAUAGGCUUCUUUAUGGAUGCUGGCCGCUCUCAGGUGGUUGUUCGUAGGUGGAAUCCACAAGAGGAAUGCUUAUUUAAAGUAUCGGAAGAAGAGGAAGAGAGAUACAGUCGAGCAGUUAGAAAUUUGGAGUUUGACAAGCAUGUUGGUCCUUAUGAUCUAAGCCAUUAUGCAGAUUGGAAGAGAUUGUCUAAUUACAUCACAAAAAGCACCAUUGAACGAUUAGAACCCAUUGGAGGAGAAAUUACAGUCACAUAUGAAUCUGGGAUGCUGAAAAAUACUCCUAAGAAUGCCAUGGAGAGAGCUUUAGAUGAGCAUUUGAGGAAUAGUAAGUUCUCCACACCUGGUGAGAAAUCUCAGAGAAGAGGAUGCUACUACACACCAAUUCCACAUAUCGUAAAGCGCAAAGGAAUUGAAAGUGGCCAACUUACUUCUUUGAAUCUUGACAAGACAGAACUGUUAGAAACCUUACUGGUGAAGGAUUAUGGCGGCUCUGAAGACUCACUUCUUGGGGAGCUGCAAUUUGCAUUUAUAGCAUUUUUGAUGGGGCAAUCACUUGAAGCUUUCAUUCAAUGGAAAUCUUUGGUCAGCCUUCUGUUUGGCUGUACUCAGGCUCCUUUCCGUACAAGGAGUCAGCUGUUUUCAAAGUUCAUUAAGGUCAUUUACUAUCAACUGAAAUGUGGACUUCAGAAAGAUAGCAGUAUUGCGGAGGCAGGGACAUCAGCAUUAUUAGAUGAUUCAUGGUUUUCUUCUGAUAGCUUUCUGCACCACCUUUGCAAGGAUUUCUUUUCAUUGAUGCAAGAUGCUUCAGUUGUUGAUGGAGAUCUUCUGUCAUGGGCAAGGAAAUUAGAAGAGCUGCUUGAGAACAGGCUAGGAUGGGAGUUCCAGCAGAAAAGUGCGGUUGAUGGAAUCUAUUUUGAAGAGGAUGAUGAGUAUGCUCCUGUGGUUGAGAUGUUGGAUGAGCCAAGCGAGUCUUAAGAGGGUAGCAUCAUGAUUCUCUUUGUUAAGGUGGUGGAUAAACACACUUUUAUGGCAUCUGAAUCACCCUUCAACAUCACUUUUAACUUAGUCAAAUGUACCCGAAAGUAUUUUUAGUUUAUUUGUAGGGUUGGCCAGGUGCAUAUGGCGCUCGUUUCGUAUUACUGCCAAAUUUAGCUCUUUUUUCAGCAUUCUUAAUGCAGGAUUAUAUAAAGUUAUUAAGUUAUAUCUUAAUAAAUAUGUGAUAAAUUUCUACA